CCAACGAACAAAUUUACAAGUUUCAGUCCAUUCGUAUUCAUUCUCAUUUUCUUAUUGUUCGAACCAGAAAAUGCCGAAGCGUAGAACGAAGAAAUCUGCAAAAGCACGCGAAUCAAUACCAGACUCUCAAAUUCGGAAGCAACCACCUCAAUUCAUGGACCUCGAAAUCCAAGAGAUGGAGAGAGAAAUUGGAACGAUUAGGGCGCGUCGCGACGCGGAUAUCAAGCACUGGCUCACGGAACUGCGACUGUUGCGCUCGCGUUUCAGCAGCGAGGAGCUUCGGAAACCUGUGUUGCAGGUUUUUGAAGAAACCCUGCCUAAUCUCUCUCUCGUGAUCGACGAACGCAACAAGAAUAUAGAAGUGAAAUGGAGAGAGAACGAGGGUUGUAACGAUGGAAUGGAUGCCCGCGCUUCUUUGUUCCAAGGAUUCAUUGCAUCCAUCUCUCGUUUUCCAGGCUUUGACUAUUCUGCCAGUGCAGGGAGAAUGAGCUUUAUUGGUGCUGAUAACCUUCAAUUCAAGGACAAUGCUUUGGAGGAGUCAUCUGACACUCACACUAUAGCAGUACAGGAAGGUCUUCAGACUCCCGGGGUGACAAGUCAAAGGUUUUCUAUUGGGAUGACACCCGGAACACUUAGAGUGCCCAAACCUGGCGAGAUGCUUUUCUCUGUUCAUCAAUCACCUCUAGGUGUUUUCAAGGAAAAUAAUAUGGAAGCCAUACAUGAGUCAGAAGAGGGUUGAAUGCUUUCUAAUAAAUCUGUUGUCCUCCAAGAACAAGCUCUGGAGGUUUUUACGUGUCUCAUCAAUGUAAAUUAUGGCCUGUUAUUUAUUUUUCAGUCAGCAUUGCCUACUUCCAGUUUUGCCAACCACGACCAAUUUAGAAGCUGGGUCUAUCAGAUUUUAUUAUUGUUCUGUUUUAUUUUGUGUUAUUUCAAGUUUCUGCAGAUAGUGGCUAACUACUUUAUAGGGGCAGUUCCAAUCAAUUAGGCUCUGUUCGUUUGGAGAGAUGAUUUGGGGGAGAUGAUUUGAAUGGAUUUGAGGAUAAUUUUUUAGCUGUUUUUUUGA